UACUUUUCUUUUACAGUUGAUCGUCAAAGGAAGCAGUGGAUCAGUGACACCAAGAUGUCGAAGUUAUCUCGCGAUACACUUUACGAGUGCGUGAAUGCAGUUUUACAAUCUUCAAAGGACAAGAAGCGUAACUUUUUGGAGACUGUAGAGCUUCAAAUUGGUCUGAAGAACUAUGACCCCCAGAAGGACAAGCGUUUCUCCGGAACCGUCAAGCUGAAGUAUAUUCCCAGACCAAAAAUGCAAGUCUGUGUGCUUGGCGAUCAGCAGCAUUGUGACGAAGCUAAGUCUUUGGAAGUCCCCUGUAUGGAUGCCGAGGCAUUGAAGAAACUGAACAAGAAUAAGAAGCUUGUAAAGAAACUAGCUAAAAAGUAUGAUGCUUUCCUGGCAUCUGAAUCACUUAUCAAACAGAUCCCCCGUCUCUUGGGUCCUGGAUUAAAUAAGGCGGGCAAGUUCCCUGGUCUUCUCUCCCACCAGGAAUCCAUGACAAUGAAGAUUGAUGAAGUCAAGGCUACCAUCAAAUUCCAAAUGAAGAAGGUACUUUGUCUAUCAGUAGCAGUGGGCCAUGUUGACAUGAGUGCUGAUGAAUUGGCUCAGAAUGUACACUUGUCCAUCAACUUCUUAGUGUCACUGCUCAAAAAACAUUGGCAGAAUGUGAGAUCACUGCAUAUGAAGUCUACAAUGGGACCACCCCAGAGAUUGUACUAAGCAAAUUAAAUCGACAAUAACUCAAAAAA